GCGAUGGCUCCUUCUUCUUUUUCUAAACAUCGCUUUCAGAAUUCUCUGGACUUGGCCGCCGCGCGGGCCAUGCGGAACGUCGGACGUGCUGCACAGUCUGGUACUGGCAAUGCCUGGUGCAUUGUGGACUCGCCAACACUCGGACGCAUGUCGAGCGUCUCUCGACGGUCUGAAGAGAGACAGCCCGCUGCCUUAGGAUCCCGGCUGGUUGUGCCUGUUGCCGAUAUCGCGCCGUUGAACAUCAAGAAGAUUCGGCGGCGGGGGUUGGUGAGCGGCAUCCACCUUGUAUUACCACCAUCGCCGCUGCCACUCGCGUCCUCGACCCUCGUUCCCCCGUCGCAGCCGUCCUCCACUCCGGGCACCGCGUUGACGUUCACGGCGGAGUGGGACCUGACGCAAAAGACUUUUGUCUUCACACCCUACGAGUCAGAGUACCCCACUUCUGCUGACGGACCCCGGUUCCUGCUCAGCCCGGUGCCUGUCAACGUCGAGGAAGACCCCCUUGCGCGAGGCACUGCGCCGUCGACGCCUGCCCCUUACACACCGUCGAGCGUGCGAGGGAUGAUCUCUCCCGCGCCCGCCUCUGCUCCUAUCCGGCGGUCCUGGUCCGGGGAUCUCAUCACGGUGACUGAUGAAUUAGACACAUUUGACAACAGGAACACUCCGUCGAGCGGGCCGAACACGCCUGUAUCGCCUCUCUUCGACUCGCCGCCACGCCCCCCAAAGCGGCAUUGCCGUGAGCGUAAUGACUCGCAGUCCACAGCUGCCUCGUCUAUCACGGACCUCUCGUCGCCAGGGGUUGAGACGCCGCCGCCGCCGCCGCCGCCGCCAAAAGAUGUCAUCGCGCUCCACGUGUUCGGGCAGGAGCUACAUCGUGCAGUGUCGGCAGGUGCCCAGACCGGAGAACUUAGCGAGGAAUGUUACGCAGAGCUCGACGAGGACCUGUUGCUGGCGCCAAUGGACGUGUUCGAGAAGACGCUAUGGGAUGCUACCCUCCCUGAACGGCGGCGGACGCGACGCAAGGCACGCGCCGAAUCGCGCCUAGUACAACACAGGCCGCCAUCUGACGUGCCACGCAACGCGCAGUCCUCAGCUUUCAGCAUCUAUUCCGCAGAUUCUUUUUCUCUUCCAGGCGGCCCAUCAUCUGCGAAAGGGUCGCUACGCCAACAGAUCACCAAGGCGUUAUCUUCCACAUUACACUUCAGGCGAUGACACCCAUGGAAUAGUGCAGUGCCUUUGCGGACACUCCCAUCUAAUGACCUGAUAUGAUCAACUAUAUGCCAUUCGCUCCCC